ACUUACAGAGUAUUAAGUUCUAGCCUCAAAUAAUCUGGCAUGGCCUCCGACUCCGAUGAUGAGCACCUCCGUGCCCUCAAGGCAUUCGACGACACAAAGGCCGGUGUCAAAGGCCUCGUCGAUGCUGGCAUCACCUUCAUUCCGACCAUCUUCCACCACCCUCCUGAGUCCUUUGACCCAUUGGUGCCUCUGUCGACUGACAUCUCCAUCCCGGUCAUCGAUCUCCAUGGCCACCGAUCGGAGGUGGUGAGUGCGGUGAAGGCAGCCGCGGAAACGUUGGGCUUCUUCCUGGUGGUAAAUCAUGGUGUGCCGGAGGCAGCCAUGUCGAAUACACUGGCGGCGGUGCGGGGCUUCCAUGAGGGUUCACUGCAGGAAAAGGAUCCCUACUACACGCGGGGUGAGGGGAGACGCGUCAAGUACAGUGGUAAUGCUGACCUAUUCCGAUCGCCGGCAGCCAAGUGGCGUGAUACGAUGUACAUCGACAACGCAGACCAGUUGGAGGAGGACGUCCUACCGCCGGUGUGCAGGGGCAUCAUGCCUGAGUACACGCGGAUUAUACGACAACUCGGCCACGUCCUCUUCGGGCUAAUGUCCGAGGCCCUAGGGUUGCGGCGCGGGUACAUGGAGGAGGAAACAGGCUGCCUAGAUGCGCUACUCCUAGGCUGCCACUACUACCCUGCGUGCCCGGAGCCGCACCUCACAUUGGGUGCUGUUAGGCACUCCGACGCAAGCUUCCUCACCUUGGUGCUGCAGGACGGUACUGUCAAUGGCCUACAAUUGCUGGUCAAUAACAACAAGCAACAGGAGGUGUGGGUGGAGGUGCCGGCUGUGGCGGGGGCACUCGCGGUAAAUGUGGGUGACUUCCUACAACACGUGUCCAAUGACAGGUUCAAGAGCGUCGUGCACCGCGUUGUGUCCAACAGUGAGGGUCCCAGAGUGUCGGUGGUGUGCUUCUUUAGGGCAAAUAUGGCAACGCUGUACGAACCAGUGAUCGUCGACGGGAGCGGUUCACCGCGGUAUAGAACCAUCAAGGCGGAGGAGCUAUUUGGCUCAUCGAGGAACAUACUCAAGUCAGCCUCAUCGUCCCGAACUGCGUUGGACAACUUUCGGCUGUAAUAAAUAUAUAUCUAUCUUUUGAUCGUUAAAAUAAACCGAAUCAUAUAUUUUGCAUGUGA